UUUUUUUUGGUGCUCAUGCGUCUUCUCUCCAAGGCUGAUGUGGUGGCGGUUGUGCCUAGCAAACAAAUGAACCUCACGUUUCCAUUCAUUUGUUUGGUGGCAUCAUUGGUCGUAACGGCGGUCUCCGCCUUGCCACAAGCCUCUAAAUCUGCAAGCGACGGUUGGCUGAAUUUGACUGUGAUUCAUACCAACGACGUCCACUCGCGUGUCGACCCUGCCAACGAGUUCGGCGUUAGUUGCACAAAAGAGGAUAUUGCCACGGGUCACUGUUACGGAGGCACAGCUAGACACAAAACCGUGAUUGAGGAUCUCCGUAAGAAGAACCAGCACUCAUUACUUUUGGAUGGAGGCGACGAGUUUCAAGGCACGCUUUUUUAUUCCUACUACAAGGGAAAUGUCACGGCAGAAGUCAUGAACGAGCUAGGCUAUGACCUUACGACUAUUGGCAAUCACGAGUGGGACAAUGGGCCAGCCAACCUAGGUCGUUUUUGGUCCAAACUCAAGUUCCCAAUCGUCUGUGCCAAUGUUGACCUGUCCAAGAACCCAGAACUCCAAAAGUGGGUCAAGCCUUACCAUAUUUUUGAGGACCUUGGGCUCGCAGUGAUCGGAUACAUUACAAAUACUACUGGUGAUAUUUCAAAUGCAGGUCCAACUAUUGCAUUUACCGAUCCAAUUCCUGCAGUGCAAAGAUAUGUCGAUGAGCUCGAGGCCAAGGGCAUCAAGCGUAUUUUGGGUCUUUCGCACAAUGGGUAUGGCCCUGAUAUGGAACUCGCAGCCAAGACGCACGGAAUUGAUUUGAUUGUUGGGGGCCACAGUCAUUCGUACCUAGGCGAUCCAAAGAACAAGAUGUACGAGGGGCCUUAUCCCACGGUUAUUAAAAACCUCAAGGGCGAAAAUACCUUGAUUGUACAGGCGUUCUGUUGGGGUAGAUAUAUCGGUCAUCUAGAUGUGGUUUUCAACUCCGAUGGCAAGAUUGUAAGCUGGAAAGGUGUUCCUGUCUUGGUGGAGAAUUCGAUUGUCCCUAAUGCCCUUUUGCUGGAGCGUAUCGAUGGCUGGCGCAAAGAGUUCGAAGAAUGGGGUGAAACCGUUCUAGGAGUAGCCUCACAAGAAUUUGAUCAGCAAAGUUGUAAGCAGCGAGAGUGUACUAUGGGCAAUAUGGUUGCGGAUGCUAUGCUGCAGCACGCGCGCACUGCAACGAUAGAUGACAGUAAAAAUGGCUUAGAUGUCAAGGAUGAACGGCCAUGGGUUGAUUUUGCAUUUGUCAAUAGUGGUGGUAUCCGCGCUGGACUUCCUGCAGGGAAUAUCACAAUAGAGAUGGUUACAGCUACUUUUCCGUUUGGUAACCGCGUUGUACAGACGCAGAUGUCAGGAGAAGAGAUUCUGGACCUGUUGGAGGCGAUCUCUUCCGGUCGAAAUAAGAAAAGUCAGAAGCUGCUUACUUCUAACAUUCAGAUUAGUGGCUUACGAUUCACAUACGAUUCGUCACGCCCGCUGUCAGAGUCACAUCUGAUCAAGGCAGAGAUUCAAGGCUUUGAUAGGGUGUGGCGUGAUAUCAAGAAGACGAAGAUAUACUGGAUUGCUACCCUUGAUUUUAUUCUUAGAGGCGGAGAUAAUCUUUUGGAACCCAAGACUAGAGAGCGAGUGUUCAAUUUCAAGUUGAUGGAUGAGGCUUUGAUGGAUUACAUCAAAAACGAACAUACGAUUACACCGUACCUUGAUGGACGCAUCAAGGAUGUUGUCCGUUCAAAGAGCAGCUUUACUAGCCGUGAUCAUGAAUGGCCUGCUGGAGUUCCUGAGUAUCUUAAGAGUCAGUACAUCGGAGGUUUCAAUGAGAUGCUGAGGGAUUAUGUGCGCCUUCGUGAGGGUAGCAGCACUGUUCUAUCACAUGAUGAUUCCAUUUUCGAGAGUACUGAGUCCAGGCAGAAAAUCUGGAACUGAGAAUACGUUAUUUGAAACUUCAUUAAAAAUAACAUUCAGCUACGAUUUC